UGUCAAAGUCAACUCCAUUCCGACCGGGGUGAUAUCACGAUCCGCACAAAAUGGUGAAUUAAAUCACCUCAAAUAAUAACAUAAGAAUAUGUAAAAAUGGCAGACAAGAUCCGCCAGAUAGCUCAGCGACUGAGAGAUAAAGUUAACGCCGUGCACGUGCCGCAAAUAAACGCUGCCAGUAGAGAAAAAGUGGACCAGCUUUUGACUAAAUAUGUCCCGGCUACGAGGGUUAGCGAAGUCGCUGAGAAAUUUAAAUAUGAAGCCAUAACCACAAAGGUCAAAGAUUUGGUGACUAAAUACGAGAAGUUUACCGGCGUUGAGGAAAUCAUGGCUAUCCAAAACACUGUCAUAGAUGCACAGGAGCGGUUCAUGGCGGCUCAGGAUAAGAGGAGAGAGGUGGGCAGGCAGCUAGCCAAUAUUGAGGCGAGACUUAAGGAACUACAUGCAGAGAUGCAGAAUACUAUGAAAGGGGAUGAAAAAUACUUACAUUUGUGUACAGAAGAACAUAAGCUAAUAAUCCAAGAGCGAGCGCUCCGCACAUUGUUCGCGGACGCGGAACGCGAGGAGCGGGAGCUGUUCGCCACCAUGUCGGCUGCCGUUAAACUGGGACACGAACGGGAGAGAGCGCACGCGGAACGAAACAAGUACUGGUACAUCGUCGCUUCUAUAUUCGGUACAGUUCUCGGUAUAGCGGGCUCGACGAUAAACAAUCGUCUUAAAAUGGCGGAGUUUAGAGAUAUGAUGGAGCAACAAAUGGCUCGCAGCGCCAGCGUACUGUACACAAUCGCGGGAGGAGGUACCGCCAGCAGGGCAGAUAUCACCGAAGCGAUGAAGACUGAGUUCGCUUAUCAGGAGCAACUGGCGCACAAUUUGAAGUUAAUGCAAGAGAAUAUAAAUCAUCUAGUCGACAAACAGGCAUCUCUGAUAGAACACUUACACCACCAAGAAGAAUCAACAGAGAAGCAAAUAAGAGAUCUUAAACGACUGGUAGUCGCAGCUUCACAGAACAGUGCCAAGUCCGACGCUGAACUAGCGAAGGCACUGUCAGUAGUCCACCAGGACCUGGACGAGGCCGACCGCGACAGAGACCUGGCGCAGCAACACCUGGCUCCCAACCAGAUAUUGACAGGGAUAGGGAUCGUUGUCUGCAUUGCUAUCAUAUUCAGCAAUAUCUUGGGUAGGGUCAGUUGAUUUGGUGGGGAGGAAGUUCCUGUGACUUUUUUGUUAAUGCUUGAUAAGUGUUUUGUUAAAUUAAGGUUUCUUUUUCUUGCAAGUACUUUUUUUUACUCCUUAUGAAACCAUAGACUAUAAAUUUAACUUAAUGCAAAGUUUUAUGUCAGUACGCAAUCAUAACAUGUCAGCUGGAAGGGAGGAAGGAAUCCGUAUUCAGUUAACUAAAGUAUUUGAAAUUUAUUCUACAGUGUAAAAUGAUAAAAUACCACUAAGAAUUACUGGAAGUACUUAAUCUUGCAAAAUUAGAGAGAUUAUUUUUCCUUAUCAAAAUAUUUGCUUGUUAUUUCUACGCUUGAGUCAUGUUACCAUUAAAAACAAUAAUUUUUCUACUUUUAUACAAUGGAGAAAUAAAGUUUGACACAUAUUUUGUCACAAAUAUAUUAAAAAAUCAUAGGAACUUCCAAAAAUACAAAGUUUAUUUAUGAGUAAAGUGUUGUCCGCCGUACAAUUUUCAUGAACAUACCAACAGACAUAAGUUAGUAGAUAUAAUGUCAGCAGAUGGACAGAGUGAUGGAGAGAAUAAAGUCAUUGCUAAUUAAAACUUAACCAUAUUCCUUUGCACAUAAGAGUAAAAGAACCACGAGGGUACUAUGAGUAACUAUGAGAAGGGUUGGGGGAACUUGCCUGGCUUUUGGAGAGGUUGAUCUUGAUGCGCCAUUUGCGAAACGUCGCACCGAGCGUAUCGGCUGCGAUCUGCAAAAUGCGCACCUCUUAACCCGGGUCUCUACGUGAAGCGUAGAUCGCCGUGUCGUAUGAGAAGAGCGCUAGAUGGGCGUCUCGUAAUUUAGAAAAAUCGCUUGUGUAAAUCGAGAAGAGAAGGAGAAAGAGCGGAGCUUUGCAAGACUCCCACGGGCGAUACUAAAGUAUCGGAAAUUCCCUCUACGCGAUAUUUGUAUCAAUUUGUAACUCCGCUUGCUUUGGAAACCAAACUGCUCCAGAGGGAACAAAUAAGCGGAGGAAUGGAGACCACAUCGUUUUAGUUGAAGCAUCGAUACAGCAUCCUUUUCGAUGCUGUGUCAAUGCCUGAUGGGUCAGUUCGAGUUCCGAUAAACAGUUAUACCAUCUCGGAUCGAUGAUAGGGUAUGCGACGUUUGGGCCCUUGUAUGCGCAUUCCUUGUUGCACUCGUCAGACUUCGCUUCAACCCUGAAGAAGUACAGCGCGGGACGGGUCACCGCUACCUCGGCUUGAUGACAUCGUAAGGUUUACUACUGAGCUAGCCUCGAAGGGUUAAAAAUACGCCUGGCGACAGUUUAGGCUGAAAUCUCGGUUGGGCCAGAGACAAAACAGAUCAAUAGUUCUAUUGUUUGUCGGUUGCCGUUGACCGCAGCGCGGAGGCUGUGCCGUGUCGCAGCUUGGGUCACGACAGGUGGCAGAAAUGUGCGAGUCUGUAUUUACGUUUCACCUACUAAUUUAUGUUUGGUGACCAUUUCUUUUAGCUAAUACUAGAGCUUUCAUUUCUAUAAAAAUCGACUAUGUUUCUUGCCUUUUUUUACGAAAUACAGCAUCAUUAUUAUUUUAGACUUCGAAUAGUAGUGGUCACUCAAGAUACAAGAAUUUAGGUGUGCUUAAAUUGUUAUAUAUAAUUUUUUUAGAAACCAAAGUUAAUAUGAGAAUUUAUUUUAUUUUAUCGAUAAAAUUAUCGAUGCUAGGAUUUGGCUUAUAUUAUUAUAUUUAUUAGUUUUUAGAUAGUAGGUGAUCUAUGAUGAUAAAUAAUCGAUAUUAUGAUAUUAUUAUAUGAUUAUUACAUAAAAAAUAAACUAUGAACAUGUUAUGUUAACCGUUUAUGAAACAAAAAUGUUUAUACAAAUGAAAUACCAUGUGUACAAAGUGGCCACAGAGUUUUUUAAAAUCGAUUAAUUGAGCACUGCAUAAUCGAUAAAAUAACGAUUUUCAUUACGAUUAACGUUUCAGCAUUAUUUUUUAAUAUUUUUAAUACUAAGUAAGGAACGGGCACAUAUUUUAUAGUUUCAGCUGCAUUUGUAAACGAUUCCAAUAUAAAACAGUGUUGAAUAUAUGUUUGUUGCAAUUU